AUGCCACCAACACAAGGCCUCCACCAUCUCGUGGGGCACAAGCGCUCUCACCAACAUUUCCGUUUUGUUCGUGCCUCGCUUGUGUUGGUAUCGAUCGGAGGCGGUGUGUACUUGAUCGAUAGAUAUGCCUACUCAUCGUUGUUGACCAGAUCUGUGCGAGCCAUCUACAUCAUGCUUUGGAUAGCGUAUGAGUACGCCAUAGGCUCGAAGACAAAGGACCUCGACCAUAUCCACGAGCACACCUCGGAGGAGCUUCUCCGUCUUUUGAAGACGAACAAGGGUCUCUACAUCAAAUUAGGCCAGGCCAUUGCUAACCAGGGUGCCAUUCUCCCACUCGCCUACCAGGAAAAGUUCCCCAAGCUUUACGACGACGCUCCCAUCGAGCCCUGGGAACAGAUAGACACAAUUCUCAAAAAGCACUACGGCCCCAGCUACGAAACGGAAUUGUUUUCAAAAUUCGACCAUGUCCCCAUUGCCAGUGCAUCAAUAGCGCAGGUUUAUAAAGCUACUUUGAAAAACGGAAAAGAAGUGGCUGUCAAGGUGCAGCAUGGUUAUAUUGAUAACCAAAUUGUUGUGGACCUCAUGGUUUACCGGUUUGUGACCAGGAUUUACGAAAAGAUCUUUGAUAUACCUAUGAGCAUGUUUUCCCGGUACGUUUCUGAUCAGAUGUUGAAAGAAACAGAUUUUGAAUGCGAAAUGCGUAACUCGCAAAGGCUAGCAAAAACGAUAGCCGAAGACAGUACUUUGAGUAAUGUUAAUGUUUAUGUUCCUCAGUCAUUUCCAGAGUACACCAAGAGACAAGUGUUGAUUAGUGAAUGGAUAGAAGGCGUAUCCCUUGCCGACAAGAAUGUGUUACUCGAUCAGGGUUACGAUUUGAAAUUGAUCAUGACUCAGUAUUUGCAAGUGUUCGGAAAACAAAUGUUCAAAUACGGAUUUGUGCAUUCUGAUCCACACCCUGGCAAUUUAUUGGCAAGGUUCGAUGCCAAUGGCAAGCAACAAUUAGUGAUCUUGGACCAUGGCUUGUACAUUGAAUUAAGUGAAAAGUUCAGAACAGAGUACUGCAAACUUUGGAAGUACAUUUUUUUGGUUAAUCAUAAGGGAAUCGCACAGAUUGCCCAAGAAUGGGGUAUAAAUUCUGCAGAGAUGUUUGCAUCAAUGAUUCAACUAAAGCCAUUUAAGCCGAUUAAAGAUGUUCGCAAUGACAAGCGGGACAUGCAUGAAUUAAUGAAGAACUUUAUCGGAGAUGAAAGUGCAUUUCCUCAGGAGUUGAUUUUUGUCUCUAGAACAAUGAGAAUGAUACAGAACUUGAACCAAACAUUUGGGUCUCCCGUCAAUAGAAUUAACUUGUUGACCAAGGAACUGAUCAAUGCCCAGGUUGCUAAGAAUCCUUCGUUGCGGGAUUACUUCGACUACAUUAGAAUACAGACAACCAUGUUCAUCAGCAGUGUUUUGUUUUUGGCAAUUAGAGUCCGCCAGUAUUUGGGAGGAGAUCUGUAUGGUGGUAAGGGCCAGGGUUUAGAGGACUAUAUUGAGAUAUACAUGCAAAACACUGCUAAGUCCUUUGGUAUAAAUUAG